CGCGCGCAAAACCGGGCAGUCAUAAUGUUUUCGUUAUCUUAUUUUAGGUCGGCGUUGCGAUGCAGCAAACGGCUGAAGUUAUCGAGCCCAGCCAGGCCGCUCACAACCACAUCGCUCCGAUUAGAAGAAGACCGACCUUCAAAUGUGACGGAGAUGGAUGCAUCCGAACUGACACCCCAGCAGUUAUCCUACGCAGAGGCCCCAGAUGAAGAUCCCGAAGCAAAAGAAUGGAUGGACCGACUAGAGUCGAUCAACUCCAAGUUCAGAUUACCGCGAAGCGUUCAAGCGGUCUACCUCAAACCUCUUAAACGCAAGGCCGAAUACGGCCUGCCGGUCUGCGAUCUCCAGCUACGCUCCUAUAGUGCCCGCCACGUGGAAUUCUUCGCAGACUUUGCUCUCCGAGCUGCCUACUAUCUCAAUCUUCCCGCAUCAGGCCCUGUUCCGCUCCCACGACUCAUCGAAAGAUGGACAUUAUACCGAAGUCCGUUCAUCCAUAGGAAGACCCCGGAGAACUUUGAGAGAAUUACCAUGAGAAGAUUAAUACAGAUCAAAGAUGGAAAUUCGGAAUCAGUGCAGGCGUGGUUGGCAUUUCUGAGGAAACAUGCAUUCCACGGCGUGGGCAUGAAGGCCAAUGUGUGGGAGCAUGCUAGCCUAGGUGUUGGCAAGUCCAUGGAUCAAGCUGGCGAUGAGGUACUUAAGGCUCUUGAAGCCGAACUCGGCCAAUUUGGCACCAAAAAGAACGCAAAAUCCCCCGAGUCCGUGGCAGAUAUCAUCGCGAGAGAAAAAUUUACUCGGAAUCAUGCACCUCUAUCAGAGGUUCGAAAGGGCUAAAAAAAGGGUUCCCUCUGCACUGGAGUUGUAUUAUUAUCAAAUCCUUGGUUUUUUGGGUUAUUUGUACUGUUUAGCUGGGAAAUUCGGGAGUCUGAAUUCGAUGUAUAUCUACGCCGCCUUCUUUUCAAUCGAUCUAUAUAGAAUUCGAAGACCGCUAUUUACGU